GGGCUCCCUGCCCGCGGUCGCUCGGUCGGUCCGCAGCCUCCUGCCUCGCUGCUCUGAACUCCGCCAGCCCUCCCCAACAGAGGAGGGGCCUCCCACUGCAGCCAACUUCGGGAAAAUGUCUGGAAUUCCGUUUCCGCUUUAGGGAGUGGACGGUGAUUUUUUUUUUUUUUUUACUUUCCAACCAACUUUCAUAUCAUCGAGAAGAAGUCGGGUGGUUUUUGCGUUACCUACCCCGGAGUAAACUAUCGCUACGACGACGAUGGCUUCUUCGCCUCAGAAGUCUCCGUCCUCCCCGAAGUCUCCGACGCCAAAAUCACCGUCCUCCAGAAAGAAAGAUGACUCUUUCCUGGGAAAACUUGGUGGAACUUUGGCAAGAAGGAAAAAGGCGAAAGAAGUGUCUGAGCUUCAGGAAGAGGGAAUAAAUGCUAUCAACCUUCCUCUCAGCCCUUCCCACUACGAGCUGGACCCGGAGGACACAAUGCUAGAGGAGAACGAAGUGCGCACCAUGGUCGACCCCAACUCCAAGAACGACCGUAAACUGCAAGAACUCAUGAAGGUGCUGAUCGACUGGAUAAAUGAUGUUCUGGUGGGGGAGAGGAUCAUUGUGAAGGAUCUGGCUGAAGAUCUGUAUGAUGGACAGGUGCUGCAGAAGCUAUUUGAAAAGCUGGAAGGUGAGAAACUGAACGUGGCAGAAGUGACCCAGUCCGAGAUCGCCCAGAAACAGAAGCUGCAGACGGUUUUAGAGCGCAUCAAUGACUCACUGAAACUCUCCACCAGGAACAUCCGCUGGAACGUUGACUCCGUUCAUGCUAAGAGCAUAGUUGCUAUCCUGCACCUGUUGGUGGCGGUGUCGCAACACUUCAGAGCACCAAUCAGAUUGCCAGACCACGUUUCUAUUCAGAUAGUGGUCGUCCAGAAAAGAGAGGGCAUCCUCCAGUCCAGACAAAUUCAAGAGGAGAUCACUGGCAACACAGAGGCUUUCUCUGGCAGACACGAGCGUGACGCUUUCGACACCCUGUUUGACCAUGCUCCAGAUAAACUGAAUGUUGUCAAAAAGACACUGAUCACAUUCGUGAACAAACACCUCAAUAAGCUCAACCUUGAGGUGUCUGAAUUGGACACACAGUUUGCAGAUGGCGUUUAUCUGGUAUUGCUGAUGGGGCUGUUGGAGGGAUACUUUGUGCCGCUCUACAACUUCUUCCUCACACCAGAGAAUUUUGACCAAAAGGUCCACAACGUGUCCUUCUCCUUUGAACUGAUGCAGGAUGGAGGUCUGGAGAGACCAAAGCCCCGACCAGAGGAUAUAGUGAACUGUGACCUCAAAUCAACACUGCGCGUCCUCUACAACCUCUUCACCAGGUACAGGAACGUAGACUGAGCACCAUGUGUGGCAGAAGGGAACACUUAAAUAACAUGGACCACCUUUUUAGAGCUUAAAAUAAUGUUUUUUCUUUCCAUUUGUUGUAAAAGUCUGUUUUUAUCUGAAUGCAUGCAUCACAUUUUGCCCCUGUUGGAUAAUGUACACAAAUCUGUAUUUAAAAAAAAAAAAAUUCCUACAGAGAUAUUUGGCUUGUGUGAAACAAAAUGUUUGACUUUUAUUGUAAAUUGA